AUGCCGCAUACGCAUUCGCAGGGACCUACGCCCGAGCUGUUUACGAUCAAGUCUUCCUUCUCGCUUUCUUCAUCAGAGGAUAGUUCUUCUUCUUCAUCUCCACCUAAUUCUCCACCACCCGCAAUGGCGAACCGUACCGUCUACGAGCAGGCAACCACUGGCUUCACCGGUGCUACUUUACCCAUCACCCUUCCGAACAUCGCAAAUGAUAGGUCUUGGCAGAUUCCCUCCUAUAUCAUGACAGCCAUCACCAAUUCAUGUCAGUUCCAUGGUCGUGACGACGAGGAUGCACCCGCUCACAUCAAUCGCAUCACUCGCCUUUGCAGCACCUUCUCCAUUGAGGGUGUUAAUCUCGAUGCUCGAUACCUUCAGGUCUUCCCAUUCACACUCGCAGGUCGCGCAGCCGUCUGGUUUGAUUCGAAGCCAGCGGGCACUUUCACUACUUGGGCAGGUCUUCACGAUGCUUUCUUAGCCAAGUACUUCCCACCAGCCAAGGCGUCCCACCUUUGUGAUCAGAUCCACUUCUUCCGCAUGGAGCCUGAUGAGCCGUACCAUUUGGCGUGGGAGCGUUUUCAGACCUUGCUUUCCCACUGUUCUCAGCAUGGUCUGUCCGAUUGGGCGUUAGUUGAAAAAUUCUACAAUGGUCUUACUCUUGAGAUUAGAGCUCGUUUCGAUACUUCAGCAGGAGGUCAGCUUAUCGGUAAAAAGACGGUAGUUGAGUGCAAUGAUUUGUUUCAGAGUUUUGCCCAUUCUGAUAUGGAUUACAGCACUGCCAGCAGGACUUCAAUUCCUGUGACUACUUCCUCGGCCGGUCGAGGGGUAAACCAAGUUAGCUUGGAUUCAUUGGUAGUGGCUGUUUUAGAGGGUAUGAAGAGAGAUUUACUAGAGAUAAAGAAAAAGGUUGAUAGGCGUGAGGUCUGUAGGGGAGGUCACGAUACGAUAGAGUGUCCCACACUUACGUUAGAGCAGGUUGAGUUCAUAGCUGGUCAGUCUAGGGGUCAAUUUAAUAAUAAUAAUAUUUUUAACUCCAGCUGGCAGGGUAGUGGUAGUAGCAGUGGAUAUCGCCCUUCAGGCAAUCCCCCUGGUUUUCCAUCUGGUCAGUAUCAAAGUAAGGGGCCUGGUUUAUAUACGAGUGGUAGUAGUUCAGGUUCGAGUGGGCAGUUUGCUAGUGGGGGGUCGAAUCAAGAGAGUUAA